UUAUUUUUCAGAUUUGAGGUGUAAACAUGACGGCUACAUGUAAGCUAAAGACGUAAUAUUUAAUAACAAGGAGAUGAUAUUUGAUUCUUCCUCCAGUUUCCUGAUUGGUUUAUAGUUAAGAAGUCAACAAGUGGCAAUUACUUUUACAAACUCAAGUGAUCUUCUAAAAUGAUGAACAUAUUACAAGAGGGAUUUACCAAAAGCAGGUCAUAUAUAGUAUAAAGAUUAGAGAAUGAACUAGAUAAGAAGGACCUAUCUGUGUUGUUUAACCUCAGAGGAUGGCAGUAUUUACCCACAAACCACAUCAUUAGGAAUAAGUGAUGUCAACCAUCAGUUUCCUGUUAGUUGUACUUUGUCUUGGAGGUUUGCAGUAUGUGACAGGAGUCCCCAUUAUUAUAAACAGUAAGGACUCACCUCUCAUCACUGGUCAUAAUGGACUAGAUCAUGGAGGGAAGGAGUCCAACAUUACUGGUGUUCAUCAUGAAGACAGUGCUCAUGGAUUACUAACUGUUAGUGCAACAGACCAUGACCAAAUUGUAGUUCAAAAACGAGGACAUCAGGCUGAUGAAAACCAUGCUGGUAGUCUAACUAAUAAUACUGAAGAACAAAUUCUGAAUAUAACACAUGAUAUACACCUGAAUGAUAAAUCAACUCAGAAUGGCAAUAGUGAACAAAUUGUGAACGGGAAUGAACAAGUGUUUCAUAUAUCUAAUGAUAGAGAUGAAAGAUUAUCACUAGACGGUCAUCAUCGACCUCCAGAUGGACAAAAGAUGGGACCAGGAAUAGAUGGUCAAAUUGUACCCCAUACAGGGGAUUCACAUGGACAUCAUGAUAGUUCUGAUAAUGUUACAGAGGAGGGUAGGCAUCAUGGGCACGAAUCAGAACUUACAGCACCAGAGAUGGAUGAACAUCAAUUUAGACAUGGUUCAGAGAUUACAGAUAUGUUACAUGAUCCAUUUGUACAGGAUUACACUGAAUCUGUACGAGACCUGCCUGAUAUGAAUGGUGGGGAGGAAAACUGGCUCUCAGAUGGAGAUCAGAAUGGUCAUGGUACUGAUAACAAUCCUCAAAAAGAAAAUGAUCAUAGUAUAGACAAUGGACAACAUGGAGAAAACAGUAAUCGUGUCGAAAAUGGGCAAAAUGGAGAAAAUGGUAACAACAGAGGAAAAAUAUCUGGAAUUAUUCACCAAGGAAUUGAUUUCCCUGUUACAACAGAACAUGAAUCUGUUAGACAGUUACCAGAAAGUCAUGACAAAGAACCAGUCCUAAAACCAGAUAGAAAAGAAGAGCCACAUUUUGAGAUCUCCACUGAAACUGUUAGACCUGAAGGUCAUGUUGAGGUUACUAAACACUCAGAUAUUACUGAAGAAGGAGGUCUGAUCAUACCUGAUGAACAUAAAGAGGAAGAACAACAUACAACAGAAACUAGUAGAUAUUUACCUCAAGUCACAGAGGAGGAACCUCAUCAACAUGGUAUUGAUAUGGUCAAGACAACAACUAGGAAAAUAGUACCAGAGAUAACUGAAGGAAGACAUUAUUUACCUCAUGAUGGGGAAGGAAUGUUCAGAACUACCACCAGAAAAAUAGAGCCUGAAAUCACAGAAGGAAAGCACUAUUUGCCCCAUGAUGGGGAGGGGAUGUUCAGAACAACCACACGAAAGAUAGAACCAGAAAUCACUGAGGGAGAGCAUUUAUUACCCCACGAUGGGGAGGGUAUGUUCGGAACAACCACUAGGAAGAUAGAGCCGGAAAUCACUGAAGGGGAGCAUUUACUGCCCCACGAUGGGGAGGGAAUGUUCCAUACGACUACUAGAAGACCUGUAUCUAAGUUAACUGAAGGACCUCAACACAGACAGGUAAUAUCUGUGACCACAGCAAGUAGUAAUGAAAUUACUGAAGCAGAACAUUUAUUUCCUCAUAAUGAAUCAGAGAUAUUUAAAACAUCACAAAAACCAGAAUCUGAGGUUACAACAGAGAUUCCAGAGAUUACUGAGGGGCAACAUGGAGAUUCCAUUCACACAUCAUUAUCUUACAGUACACCUUCAGUUAACACUGGGACAACUGUCAACAUGUCAACAGGAAGUACAAAAAUCAUACCUAAUCAGGAAGGACCAAUCACCAUGAAAACAAAUAAGAAAAUGACACCAAAGGUGACAGUAAAGAAGAAUCCAUUCCAUGAUGAGUCCACUACAUCUAGUUAUACCCUUGCAGGUGUUAGUACACAAAGCCCAACAGAGCCUGAAAACAUUCAUAACCAGGGCACUACAGAGUCAAGGUUUAAUGAGACACUUAAUUCAAAAGCCACAACUCCUACAGGAACAAUUAGAGUUAGCAAAUUACCACAGAGUAUAUCUUCUGAAAGUUCCUUCAUAAUAGCACCAAGUUCUACAGAGAAAUCAUCUUCAGAGAUAUCAGUACCUGAAGUAAAACUGCAAUCAAGUUUUAUUGUAUCUUCAUCUGAAAUCUCUACACCUUCAAUAAGUCAACAGAAAACCAAGUCAUACUCUAGUCAGUCUGUUAGUAUAGACUGUUUGGAUUGCAGUUAUCCACAUCUUGUAUCAUCAAUGAAUGUUUUACCUGUUUUAAGUACAACAAACAAUAUCAUACAGGAAAGUACAGGCACCAUCUCAACUAGUUUAACAUCUUCUCAUACUGAAUUGUACUCAUCUGGUUUAAAUACCUUCCAUGGUAUAGAAAUGGUAUCAUCAGUCUUACCCAGUACUGAGACACCAUCAUCAGACAUGACCACAACCUCAAUACCACGAACCUUUCAUACUUCCUCAGAAUCAAACCACAAAAAGUCUAUAGGUAGUGAGUCAACAAGUUUACUCACUAGUACUCAGAACAGACCAACCACUUCGUACAUUAGUUCUGCAGACAAAUCAAUUGUACCUACAGAGGUUUACUCUCCAGAGUCUGUUUCUCAUACAGUAAUAACAUCUAACCAACCUUCUGUUACACCUUCAACAACACAGCUAUCAAAGAACAAAGACAGGAUUACAUCAUCAAUAUAUAUAAAUAUAGACAUGAAAAUGUCUCUGCAUGAAUUCUGUCAGCUACAGCACAACUUUGUAUCACAACUAGCAGAUAUAAUGAUCAAUACUCAGAAUUCUAAGAUAAGUCAGGAGCAAAUAAAGUUACAGUACCCUAUAGCUGAUGAUUGUGACCACCAACCUUGGGAUAACCCUAAAGAGGAGGUGGAGAUACAGAUAUAUGUGUUAGAUAUUACGGGAAAACUAGAUAGAAGUCUUACCAUUGAUAUGGCUAAAAAUAUCAAACCUGGCUUGAAGUCAUCAAUAUUAUAUGGGGAAAAGCUUGAAAGUGUAAAGAUUGUCAAUGAACCAAACAUAGUUGAAACAUUACCUACAGAUGGACCAAGUGCUUCAAAGCUAGACGAAGAAAUAGAAACUGGUAUCACAAUAGCUAUCUCAAUCGCAGCUAUAGGUGGCUUCUGUUGUGUGUCUUUGUUGAUUUUACAGUUGAUAAUCCACAAGAGAUCAGGACAUAGAAUGCAUCCGUACUUCCUUGGUAGUGGUAGUUGUUCCAGCCGAUUAUCUACCAGGAGUUCUAACUCCAUAGCUUUAGGGGUUGUAUCAAAGUCUAGACCAAACAGUGGACUCUGGAAUCCAGGCUUAGAUAUCAGUGAUGAGAACUGUAAUUAUCCCUCUCAUCCACUAGUGUAUUCAGCAUUGACAGAUUUUUCGUUGGAAACUGAUGCUAUCCAUCAAGAAUUUCAGCUGAUUCCAAAUGAAACACCCAGACUGUCAUGUGUGCCAGUUGGAGCUGAGGAUAAAAAUAGAUUUGCCAAUGUACUGCCUUUUCCACAUACAAGAGUAAAGUUACAGAAGAUUCCUGGGGAAGACUUUUCAGAUUAUAUCAAUGCCAACUAUAUAACGGGGUAUAAAGAAGAUCUAAGAUCCUACAUAGCCACACAGGCUCCAUUGUCUAGUACUGCUGGUGAUUUCUGGAGAAUGGUAUGGGAACAGCAAUCCAGGGUCAUUCUGAUGUUAACUGAUAUGGAUGAAAGAGGACAGCCUAGAUGUAUACCCUACUGGCCAGAGAAGACAGGAAUGGAGAACAGAUUGACCUAUGGGGAUUUUAUUAUCACUUUAAAGAAGAAAGAAAUUCACCAGGAAUACAUUGUGUCAGUGUUAGAAAUCAAAGACAUAGAAAAUAAUUUAGUGAGGGAAGUCCGUCACUUCUGGUAUACAUGUUGGCCAUCAGACAGUACACCAGAACCUAUCUCCUUAGUAAAGUUUGUAUUAGAUACCAGAUCUUACUAUGAAGACAGUGGGGCACCUGUUGUUGUACACUGCAGCCCAGGAACUGGAAGAACAGGUACUCUGAUAGCUAUAGACAUAUGUAUGAGAUCUUAUGAGGACAAGAGAUCAGUCAAUGUCCUUAACACAGUGUAUACAAUGAGGAAGGAGAGAGCUGGUGUGGUGCAUACUAAAAAUGAGUAUAACCUCAUCUAUAAGGCUGUGGGUGAGUAUGCCAUAGUGAUGAAUACUCCAACAUCAAUAUCAACUUCAUCAUCUGUGGCUACUCUUCAAAACAUGUUGUAAAGUAGGAGGAGCUUGUCAAAACAUGCUGUCAAGUGGGUGGAGCUUGAUAUUCAAAUUGUGAUUAGAGUUUUUGUGCAUUCAAAUGUGGUUGUUUCAUUCAAAAACAUAUGUUAUUUGAAAAAAAGUUUAACAUAUUUGAACAAAUGUCAAAGUACAGGUUGUCCACCAUUUAUAAAUAACAAACUGUCAAUGGAGACAGAUUGCUUCAACUGAAAAAAUAUUUGUGUGUUACUGCUAGGUACUCAUGUAACCAUUAUAUCAUGCCAUUAUGACAGAAAUCAAUUUGUUCUUAAAUGUAGCACCUCAUGCAGGGCUAAAUGAUGAUUAAAAGUUUGUUGAAAUGAUUGAAUUGUAAUAUUUUCUUUCAUUUUCUUACCGUUGUUGUUUUUAUUGUAAUUGAUCAUGUAGUAUAUUGUAUAUCAUCAUUUAAUGUUACAUUCCACUACUCUUCUGUGAUAUCAGGUUAUUUUAAUUUUAGUGUAUAAUAUUGAAUGUAGCUAAAUGCUGAAUGAACAGGUAUAGAAUAUUCAAUUGCACAGAUGUUGUCAAAUUUUCUUGUGUUAUGAUAUAAACCAUUUAAAUUAAAAAAAAUAUUGCAGACAUGCGUGUGAAAACCUGAAAAUGUAAGGUAAAUUAAAAUGCUUUCAGGUCUUGCAUCAAAUAAAGUAAUCUCAAACUGUAAUAAGCAAGCAUUGACUAAUGCAGUAUAGUCUUGCAGACAUUGAAAAAAAACCACGAAAAUUCCCACACUUUAUCUUCUAGUAUAAAUUUGUAUUAGAUGAAUCCCUUAAUGGCAUAUGCAAUUUAACAAAAUGGCUUUCUGAUCAAAUUUUAGAAAUUUAUAUGAUAAAUCAAACUAUACCCAAAAUCAAGUGGAAUAAGGAGAAACAUUUCACAGUAUAAAACCUUCAUUUAAGUUUAUAUAUUUACAAAACAUUACAGAUAUCUGUUUUAGAUAAACCAAAUCAACUGACAAUCCCCAUUUGCAGAAGUGUCCUGGUUAAACUCAAUUACUCUUUUUUGCCUAUUUCUUUUCAAAACAAAUUAAAGUAUUUUACAGAGCUUAAUACUCAGAGCUGGUCAUCAGAAUUUUUCAACCUCAGUAAAAUUAGUAACGACUGAGGUCUAUAUUGACUCCUUCAUCCCUAAAACUAAAACCAUAACACAGGUUUCUGUAAGAUCCAUGUUGAAACUGUUUUAAACUUUUGUUUCUUUCUUCAGGCCUUGAUAUUGAUGGUAAAAAAGGGAAAUAUUAGGGAUGGUAUUUGGUAAAAGAAUAAACAAUAGAAAGAUUGGAAACGUAUCAACCAUAUUGUAAUUAUACAUGAUCAUGGAAUUGACAUUAAGAUGUAACUAAAUCAUAUUUUGUUAUUGAAUAUUUAUGUUUUAUUGAUACUCUUAGAAAUAAUUGUACUUAGUUUCAUUUAUAUCCAGAUAAUUUUAUUGGAUAGUGAUAAAUCCAACAGUGCCAAAUUGUUUGUAAAUAAAAUGUUUCCAAAUCCUUAUA